AUGACUACCCUUCAUUACCUUCCUCCCGUCAAGCCCUCCGCUAUUGCGAUGGGUACCUUCUUCACCCACACUGCCUCCCUUGGCAUCCUCGCCCCUCUGUUCGGUGACACCUACCACCGGGCUCAGGCCUCCAACUCCAAGGAGGAGUUCCUCAAGUCCAAGGAGGCUGCCGGUGCCGCCGCUGCCUGGGGUAGCUCCCUCGCCGGCAGUGCCGUCCAGACCUACGGUGUCGCCGCUCUCAUCAACGCUACUGGUACUCUCAGCUAUAAGGGUGCUGCCUACCUCGGUUCAUUGAUCUUCUUUGCCAGCUCUGCCCCCGGUGUUGUCAGCCAGCUCUUCCUGGAGAAGCGUCCCCUGGACACCGUGGCCGUCAGCGCUGUCUCCCGUGUGUUCGAGACCGUCGGCCUCAGCUUGUUCCUCACCUGGUGGGGCACUCGCGUUAACCCCUUCGAUUAA